AUGACCGAGAAAGAGCAUACUUUCAUCGGUGGUCUCAUCACAGGAACAAAGAUCUUCCUUUCAGACGGGCGACUGAUCCCUGUUGAAGAAAUCAAAGUGGGGUCAAGUCUAAUGUCUUUGGAUGGAUCUGAUGCAAGAGUAUCUUCGAUUCACUCCAGCGUCGACGAUAUACUUCAGAUCAACCAAACUAGUUGCCAUACGGCUCAUUUACGGGAUGAGAAUAGGGCUCCACCAUGGGGCCUGAUCGAACUCAGAUGCUCCAAACGCCAGCGAAUGAAACUUCGGACCAAGCAGCGAGUUAAGCGGACCACCAGAAAACCCGAACGUUGUUCUAUUAUCGAAAUUACUCAAUUACGUGAGCAUAUAACGGAGGAUGGGAGAACAAUACAAACUUUAAGGACGACGUCUAAGCAAUUUCCCCCGAGCUGUUCAUCCCAGACUAUCGAGGAGUAUAUUGAAAGUUGCAAAGUUCCUAAUGGCUUCAUAACGUGGGAAUCCGAGUUGGAUGACCUAAAGUACCUUAACAAAGAACUCCGUGCUUCUACAAGAUUGAUUUUAUGUCCACUUGCAGUGGAGAUACCUAUGUUGCUACCUUGGUUAGAAUCCAAAUUCAAUCGAGGUAUCACUGACAAGGAACUAGAAGCCAUGGCUUGGCUUUUAGGAUUCUGGAUCGGUAAUGGCCAUAGACGCGGGGCGAAGUUUUCACUGCGUUCGGGUGAUCAUGAUGUCAAUGAUUAUUUGGAGGCAUGUGGUACUUUGUGGGGAAUGACAUUGAGGAUAGUGCUCAGGGACCCAGAAAACGGCUAUAAAGCAGACGGUUACCUUCACACCUUUGACGGAGAGGUCCGCAAUUGGAACAGAAAUAAUCCAUUAGUUAAAGUGUUGGAAGGCUUGAGAUUUUACGAAAAUGGACGCUUGGAUGGGAAGAAGGCAAUUCCGUCUUUUAUGAAAACAGAGCAGAGGCUAGUUCGUGAAGCAUUCAUGGCUGGCCUCAUUGAUUCUGAUGGAUCUGUCAAUAUUCAAGCUCACUGCCUUCGUGUGAAAAUCCCAACUGCCUUCCCUCUAAUUAGAGACGGAAUUCUUUCUGUCGGUAGGUCAAUGGGACUAAACGUGACAGUACAUUUUUGCCCAGAAAAACAGAAUCUUAACGGUUAUCAUGAAAGUGACACCUGGGUGUUUCAUCUUUUUGGGGGCUCCAAUCAUGGCACGCUUUGGUCCAUUUUAUGCAGAUGUUCAUGUGAGAGGAAGAGAAACCCUCCAAUCCAGUUUGUGAGGAAAAGAGAUGUUGCAGAAUUUGAAACAGAUGAUGAGGAAGACUCGGAUGUAUCCCUUGAAGAAGCGUUAGGCGAGUGGGUCGAAACUCCCAAUAUUAAUGGCAAUGAUUUACCUUCAAGAAUAUCAGCCGGUGAGAGAAAAGUUACAGAAAUUAUAAGCGAGGACGAUCAAUUUGAACAAGGUGCGGACGAAAGUAGUGAUUUUGAUCUUGAAGAUGAUGAUGAUAACCUUCAUUUAGCCUUUAUCCCAUUCAAGACGUCUGAAGUGGGCACUGCGCAAGUUUUUGGAAUCACGUUUUCAAAUGAUUCAGAUAACAGAGCUUUCUUGACCGAGCAACAGGUAAUGUGCUUUAGUGCACACCGACUUACUAAUAAAACUAGAUCGAAUGCGAGCUUCUCCAGAUCAUGCCUCUCUUGCCAUGACACAGUUACUGCUGGAUGGUAUAAGCUACCAUGGGAUACAGCCAGCGCCCGGCGGUUAUGCUUGGUCUGUUAUAUGCAAUAUUCGCGUAGCAAAAUGAGGUGUUGCAACUGUAACAAGGUAUUCUCAAAAUCUAUAAUGCAAGCACGAAUGAGGAAAUAGUCCAUGAAAAACUUGCAUGUCUAGAGACGGUAAGCGUGUUCGAGGUUAUUCUUGUGAUACCUGUGAUGGCGUGAUAGAGCAGCCUGGUAGUAAAAAUACGAACCCUUCACCAAGGGAUAAGCAUAGGCCAGGAUCAUGCUAUUUUUGUGAUACUCAGGACUCCGGAGGCUGGAGAAAAGUUCCCUGGGUGCCUGAUAAAGAAUGGUGCUCGGUAUGUAGGAGCAGAUAUGGAGGAACUGCAACAGUGUGUACUAAUGACAAGUGUCGCAAGAUUCCAUUCAAAGGCGAAUUUAAUAAGAUGGAGGCCAUAGAUGAGAGUUUGGGGCAUUGCAAGUGUUUAAAAUGCGGCUCGGUUGCGAGAAAAGACCUGAAAAAACAAUGCAGAACUGUGAAGAAAUUGGAAGAAAGAGAAGGAACUUGCUACUCUUGUGGCCCAACCACCUCGAAAAGAUGGAAUGGGCUACCUUGGGAUAAAAAGGCGCCCGCUGAAAUUUGUGAGAGGUGUUAUCAUCUUUGGCGCGGAAGUGGUGAAAGAUGUCUGAAUCCCAGUUGUCGCAGAAUCUUUACCAAGACAGAAGUUUUCAAAAUGAAGAAAUUAAAGCACAUUGAUGGUCCCUCUGGUGCCAGCACCAAAUGCCGUCCAUGUAUUGUUUGCCGAGGACCAACCACGCUUAAGUAG